UAGAAGUGAGUUUAUUCCCAGUAUUCAAAGUAUUCAAACAUUUGAGUCAAGGUUACAACAUGUCUCAGAACCUACAUGAUGCUGAAACCCCCAGCUGUUCAUAUGAUUAUAAUAUGCAGCAGGCGAUGUCUCAGCAGAAGGAAAACAGAGAGAUAGGAGUUCUAACUGAAGAGUCAGGAGACAUUUUCAAUCAGCUUCUAAUUGAUACACAAAAAGAAGUUCAACAAUUGAAGAGAAAAAGUAAUUUUCAUGAAGAAAUGCACAGUGCCGUAAAGGAGGAAGUACAACAAAUGCGUAAUUAUGCGAGACACCGGGAAUCCAGGCUCGUGGAGGAGGCCAAGACAGCAAACGAAAAAACUAAAGGGUUGUUAGUAUAUCUUGCAGACAGCAUGGCAAAUACUGUAAAUAUGUUUAUAGACAAGGAUAAACUGGAAGGUAAAUGCGUAGUGUUGCAGGGGGAGCUCUGUGAAUUGGAAGCGGCACACAGAGAUGUGCAGUGCAAGCUUCACGACUCAGAGGAAAAACAUAAAGCCUUGGAAGCAAGGCUUGAGGAAGCCCUGCAGAAAAAUGGAGAAAUGCAGGACAUGAAAGAAGAACUAAAAGAAAUGCAGACAAACAUGCAGAAUAUUGUCCAAGACUUUGAGAGAGAAAAGAAAAAAUUUAAAGUACUUUAUCACAAGUGCAAUCAAAUGAAGGAAGACAAGAACGAUUUGGAGAAGAAAUGUGCAGAUAUGCAAUGCACGAUCCAAGAAAUGGUUAAAGUCACGAACGAGGCACAGAAAGUACAGAAAGAGAAAUAUAAAAAACUGAAAGAAAAGCAUGAAGAAAAGCACCAAAAACUUACAUUAGAGAACGAGGAACCACAAGAACGCUGCCAGAAAAAGAAAAGGUGGUUCAGGUUUUGCUGGAAUAAAUCUACUGCAGAGAUGCAAUGCAAGAGCCAAGAAAUGGUGAAAGACAUGCAUGAGGCACAGAAAGUACAGAAUGAGAAAUAUAAAAAACUGAAAGAAAAGCAUGAAGAAAAGCACCAAGAAUUAAAAGAACUUGAGAAAAAGUGCAAGAAACUUGAGGAGCAGAAUGCAGAAAAUAUCAGUAAACUGAAAAAACUUACAAUAGAGAACGAAGAACUGCAAGAACGCUGCCAGAAAAAGAAAAAGUGGUUCAGGUUUUGCUGGAAUAAAUCUACUGAUUCUUCACAGAAGCACAGACAAAAUCGUGUUUCCCCGUUAUAACCCUGCUGCUUCUUCAGUUCUACCUGGACAAAACUAGCCUCAUCUACCUCCAUCUUUAAAAGAUGGAGGAAGACAUCUACCCAUCCUCUUCAUCCCUUUCUUCUUCCUCCCCUCCCUUCUUCUAUCUCCCUUCUUUUUCCUUUUCCUUUCAACCCCCCAAAGUGGCCUCGGCAGAUGACCGCCCCUCCCUGAGCCUGGUUCUGCCGGAGGUUUCUUCCUGUCUACAGGGAGUUUUUCCUCCCCACUGUUGCCUAGAGUGCUUGCUCAUCCGGGAAUGUUGGGGGUUUCUCUUCUCUAUUGCUUUCCUCUUUUCCAUCCCUUGCUUUUCACCUCUUUUGCCCUUUCCUUUACUCUCUUUUCCUGACACCCUAUCAUCCCCAACCUGUUUCUUCAUCCUUGAAAAUACAGGCUAAGGAGGUAGGGUAAUAAUAAUAUUAUAUGUAAUAUUAUAGAAUAGAAUAGAAUAGAAUAGAAUGCCUUUAUUGUCAUUAUACAG